AUAAAACACCAGCUUCGAAUAGGAUAUGUGAAGGCUGGCGCAUACUUCGUGUGCCAGUGUGUCAUGCUCCAAAGUGGGUCUGUGUUGCACAUCACAUUGUUAAUUUCUACCGAGGACUCGGAUUGGUGGGUUGAAUAAAAAUUGUGCCCGUGACUGCCUCGACUUUACAAGUCAAGAAGGAAACUGGGUCCUGGGCAGAGCCUGCCUGAUCGUCACCUGUGUAAAGACGGCACCAAUUCUUAGACAGGAGUCACCAGUACCGCGCAAGUACGUUUGUAGGACGAUUCACUAUCGUGAAACUGCGUAAGACAAGUGUUUCCGUUCGGCACGCGUACUGAAAGGACAUCUCUAGCUCUACCGUUUUAAUUUGUUUCGCCUGAAAGACUUACGACGACGAUACGAGUAUGGAGAAUGGAAGAAAGGCAGUGAAGGCUACCCAGGUACCAAACACGGACUUUCUGAAAAAGACCGGAGCUCUAGUGGUUCUGUUACUGAUCCUAACUGUGCUGUGUAUGUACAUAGCGUAUACCGGAUUUAACGUUUCCAGUGUGGCGAAACACUCCGAUUCCCCACAUCGUCCCGCUUACAGAAAGAAGGGCAAAGACUUACGCAUGCACUAUCGUCCGGGACUAGAAAACGCGCCCACGAUCCAGCGCACGGCACUGCCCAGGUACAGUCACCUCAUUUCUGCCGACGACAAUCCCCUGUCACAGUACUAUACCGUCUGGAACGAAAAAACGACACACACGGCACGGAAAGCACCAGGAGACAUGAGGAAGGUUGUGGUCUGGAACCCGUGGCCACCGUUAAAAGUACUGCCCAGACAAGCAUGCCCCUCCAUGCCCCAGUGCGAAUUCACCAAGGACCGCGGAGAGGUGACAGAUGCAGACGCUAUCGUCUUUUGGUUCAGGCUAAUACCGACAGUCUACAACAGGUCCUACUUCCCAGCACCGCGGCCGGCCCAGCAGCAGUGGAUCAUGCGCACGCCUGACUGCCCGUACAUGACCAGACACACCGACUGGGUUUCCUACGCGGGUGUUUUUAACUGGACCAUGACCUACCGUAACGACUCGGACGUCUACAUGCCCUGGGGUCACAUUACUUCAAUUUACCGAGAAAUCGCCAGACGACCAGAUACUGUAGGCAAACAUUACCCAAAACAAGAAGGCAAACUGGUCAUAUGGUAUGUCAGCGACUGCUACAAACACCUGUCCAGGUUUUCGUAUGCUAGCGAACUCAUGAAGUACGUCCAUGUUGACGUGUUUGGAGGUUGUGGAAAGCAGUACUGUGCUACGACGGACCGGAAUUGCUUUUCUGACCACCUACGCCAGUACAAAUUCUACUUGGCAUUUGAAAACUUCAAGUGUGUAGAAUACAUCACAGAAAAGUUCUGGAAAAACGCCCUUAAACAUGAUCUUGUACCGGUCGUCCUCGGUUCACCGAAGAGUGAUUAUGAGAGGUUCGUCCCGUCCAACUCUUUUAUUCACAUAGACGAUUUCAAAACCCCCAGAGCCUUGGCAAGCUACUUGAUGUAUCUAGACAAGAACGAGGACAAGUACAUGGAGUACUUUGCCUGGAGGAACAACCCCCCAAAGAACCUACCCGACUAUGAACGCGACUGGUGUGAACUGUGUAAGAAGCUUGUAAACGCGAAUCCCACUGAGAGAAAGGUUUAUAACGACAUCGACAAGUGGUGGAGGGGGCCGAACUAUGAGUUCUGUGAACCUAUGGUUAUAGUAUCUAACAUCAGGAAAGAAUCGGAUGCGGUACAUUAUCCCUAAGGUCUUGUUGAA